AUGGCCACCCUCAGCCACUUCGACAACGAAGACUACAACAUGAGCUACCCAGAGCCACCCCACUACUCAACAACGAUGGACCUUGCCACGGGCACAUGGCGCCAAUUCCCUGAGUGGGCCUCGGCACCACACGGACUCGGGGUAACCCCGAGCAUCGUCGACCAGGCCGAUUAUUUUCCCGGCGAGUACUCUUUCACGCCGGGAGCAAUUGAGGCCUUCAACCCUCCUCCCUACGACUUCCCGGUCAGCAAAGCGCCAGGAUUUGUCGGUGAGUUGUCACAGGUCCCUAGGUCUUCUUGUCUCUCUCCGCGCCCGCCCAACCACGGCGGGCAGCACGCCCGGGCCCCUCGUGCCUCCAUUUCUCCCUCUGUUUCUUGCCAUUCUGGCCAUUCUGGAUCCACUAUUGUCCCCCUCAAAUCAUCAUCAUCACCCUCCAGUCCCGGUCUGGCCCUCGACACACGCCUGGCACGGCAGGCUUCCAUGUCUGUGUCUGCUGCUGUUGCUGCUGCUACUGCUGCAUCAUCCCUGGCAUCCACGCCGGCGUCUUCCGCGGUGACUUCAGGUCUCCUCCUGACGCCGCCCACUACUUCUGCUGUCUCUUCUUCCUCUUCGUCUUUCUCGUCUCGCUCCGCCUGGAGCAGCCCGCCCGUGGGUUGCGGUUCUCCGGCGCCCCGCAGCACGCCCAGUUCUCGCUUGGUCUCUUCUUUCUUUUCUCAGUCUAGCGGCCAUUUCGUUCCUCCUCUUGAAUCUUGUUGGUUUCCUCUUGUCGCCACGCGAAACCCCACCGCACGGCCCUGUUUUGCUGACAUGAUCCCCGUUCGCGCAGAUCCCUCUCUCAUCCACCCAGACGUCAGGCCCAUGGCGAUGCCCUAUGAACCGUCCUACCCGGCGCCGCCCAACUCGGGCUACCCCACCUCGCCCGCUCUCUCGGUUUCCGCGUCGCCUCAGCUCCGGCCCGGCAGCACCUCUCCAUUCAUGCAUAAUAGUAAUUACCAGCCCUACUCCCCGUUCCAGCCUCCCGUCGAUCCCCAACGCCGCGGGAGCCUCGUGUCGUACCAGUCCAACUUCUCCGGCGAGCAGCCGUUCAGCGGCGACGAGUCAAGGGAGAAGCAGCGAUGCCCCCACCCGGACUGCGGCAAGGCCUUCAAGGACCUCAAGGCGCACAUGCUUACGCAUCAAACCGAGCGGCCCGAGAAGUGCCCUAUUACGACGUGCGAGUACCACGUCAAGGGCUUUGCAAGGAAGUAUGACAAGAAUCGCUACACCCUCACCCACUACAAAGGCACCAUGGUGUGCGGCUUCUGCCCGGGCUCCGGCUCCGCGGCCGAGAAGUCGUUCAACCGGGCCGACGUGUUCAAGAGGCACUUGACAGCCGUGCACGGCGUCGAACAGACCCCGCCCAACAGCCGGAAGAAGGCGGCGGGUGCCACCAACGGCAGUGCGAAGCUUACCGGGUACGCGCCCGACGCGACCGGCAAGUGCUCGACAUGCUCGCAGACCUUCAGCAACGCCCAGGACUUCUACGAGCAUCUCGACGACUGCGUGCUGCGCAUCGUGCAGCAGGAGGACCCGGCCGAGGCGAUCAACGCCCAGCGGCUGGCCGAGGUCGAGAACGACCGGGACGUGCACAACACGCUCGAGAAGAACCACCUCCCGACUACCACCAUGACCACCACCGAGGAUGCCGACGAAGACGACGAGAACAUGGACGAGGACGAGUACGACGACGAACUCAAGGGCGGCCGCGGCGGCAAGGGGUCGCUCUCCUCCCCGAGGCGGACCAAGGGCGGCAACCCCAUCAACGGCGUGCAAAAGUCGCGCGGUCUCACCCAUUCGCGCGGCGGCGUCCCGCUCCAGAACCCCAAGAGCCGCGGCCGCAAGAACAGGCGCGACUACCCUUCCUCGUGGGGGUUCGACAAGGGCCAGAUGACCAUGAAGAAGCGGGUCAUGGCCGUCUUUGACGGGCAGCGCCGCCUGGCCAAGGACGACAUGAUGCUGUCGACCGAGCAGGAGGUGCGCAUCAAGCUCCAGGACGGCAAGUCGUAUGUCACCGACCUCGACAUGCAGACGCUCAAGCGCGCCGAGGGCUUCCUCGGCGCCACCGACGAGGAGAAGGGGCCGUGGAUCUCGGACGACCCGACCGAGGAGCAGCUCAAGCAGAUGCUCGAGUACCCCGAGCCUCCGGUUGCCACCGCGGCGCAGUGA